AUGAUGAUGAAGACACAAGAGUCUCUGUACGAUGAAAGUGAUGACAGCGGUGUUAGCAGUCUGGAGGAUGAAUCUCGCUAUACGAACCUGACAAAUGUCCCACAGCCGGCAAAUGAGAAUGGUAUUUGUUACGGUUACGAUGCACCAGAAUCCAACUUGGAGGACUGGUCAAUGGGCAAAACAGUACUAAGUGAUAUAUUUAACAUUGAACAAGACAUUCUUCUCCCGGACAAUGGCGAUCCAUUCGAUAUGGAUAACUCAGCGCAGGAAUCUGAUGAAUGUGAUAGUGGCAGCACCGAUGGAGAUCCGUUCAGGCAUUGCUUUACAUUUCCAGAUGGGUAUAGACCAGUUAUUGAUUUUCAGAGUUUUCACCCUUACAGUGAACAAGAAUCAGUGGUAUCUUCAGAUGGGGAAGUCAUAGAAACGACGUUACCAAACUUUUCACAAAUUCAGAAUUCUACAGAGUCAGAGAAGGUCUCACUUUAUGUGCCAAAUAUUUCAUUAAGUCCCAAGAAGAAGAGGAAGAUUGUGAGGGACUCACCAUCGUAUGUUGAAAAAGAAAGGAGAAAACCGGGACGCAAACCAGGUCAAGUCUCAAAUGUACUCCAUCUCUGGGAAUUUAUGAGAGACCUUCUUCAUAGCUCUGAGAACCAGGGAAUCAUUGAGUGGAUCUCAAAGCCUGACGGUGUGUUCAAAGUCAUCAACUCCACAGAGGUCGCACGAUUGUGGGGUGAGAAAAAGAAGAAUAAGAAGAAGAUGACAUAUGAAAAACUAAGCAGAUCCCUAAGAUAUUCACGGCUAGAGGGUUACUUUGCUGAUCUCCCCAGAGACAAAAACUAUCCAAAGAAACUCUGCUUCAAAUUUGGACCAAAAUCCAAAGACUGGCAUUAA